AAGUACAUAGCACGUUGAGUUUCCCGAGUGCGUUGCAAGUUUUUUGGGUGUCCCCCGAAAUCAAAGUGAAACGCUAGUGAAGUGACCAGAAACGGAAGUUUUUCAACUGGUAGACUCACUCUCAUACUUGAUACUUGAAAAUAAAGAAGAACAAUCAAAUUGAAGAAUAACGUGCUCAGUGUGAAACGGCCACAGAUAAACAUUUAAAAAAGAAAAUUUAGAACCUGUUCAAAAUAUCAAGUGUCAGAAUUUGUUGUUACCCACGAUAAUAGAACAUUAAGAUGGGUUCGCUGCCACAAUUGUCGAUCGUCAAGGGUCUGCAGCAAGACUUUGUGCCGAGAGCUCUGCACCGCAUCUUCGAGGAGCAGCAGCUGCGGCACGCCGACAAGGUGGCUCUUAUCUAUCAGCCCAGCACUUCGGGGCAGGGAAUGGCGCCCAGUCAGAGCAGCUAUCGCCAGAUGAACGAGCGGGCGAACCGGGCAGCCCGUCUCCUGGUGGCCGAGACCCACGGCCGCUUCCUGCAGCCGAACAGCGACGGUGACUUCAUCGUGGCUGUGUGUAUGCAGCCGUCGGAGGGACUGGUCACCACACUACUGGCCAUCUGGAAGGCAGGCGGCGCGUACCUGCCCAUCGAUCCCAGCUUCCCGGCGAACCGCAUCCACCACAUCCUGCUGGAGGCCAAGCCCACUUUGGUGAUUCGCGACGACGACAUUGACGCGGGCCGUUUCCAGGGAACUCCCACACUAUCCACCACCGAACUAUAUGCCAAAUCCCUUCAGCUGGCUGGCUCAAAUCUGCUCUCAGAGGAGAUGCUGCGCGGUGGAAACGACCACAUCGCCAUCGUACUCUACACCUCGGGCAGCACGGGGGUCCCCAAGGGAGUGCGUCUGCCGCACGAGAGCAUCCUCAAUCGCCUCCAGUGGCAGUGGGCCACCUUUCCGUAUACCGCCAACGAGGCGGUGAGCGUUUUCAAGACGGCCUUAACCUUUGUGGACUCGAUCGCCGAGCUCUGGGGUCCGUUGAUGUGUGGCCUGGCCAUUUUAGUGGUGCCCAAGGCAGUGACCAAGGAUCCCCAGCGAUUGGUUGCCCUGCUGGAGCGAUAUAAAAUCAGGCGUCUUGUGCUGGUGCCCACUCUACUGCGGUCGCUGCUCAUGUAUCUGAAGAUGGAGGGAGGCGGAGCUGCCCAGAAACUGCUGUAUAACCUGCAGAUUUGGGUCUGCUCCGGAGAACCCCUAUCCGUUUCCCUGGCAAGCAGCUUCUUCGACUACUUCGACGAAGGUGUACACCGGCUAUACAACUUUUACGGAUCCACAGAGGUAUUGGGCGAUGUCACCUACUUCGCGUGCGAGAGCAAGAAGCAACUAAGCUUGUACGAUAAUGUGCCUAUAGGCAUUCCCCUGUCCAAUACUGUUGUCUAUUUGCUGGAUGCCGACUAUCGUCCAGUGAAGAACGGCGAGAUCGGAGAGAUCUUUGCUUCGGGACUCAACUUGGCGGCUGGUUAUGUCAACGGACGCGAUCCGGAGAGGUUCUUGGAGAAUCCUCUGGCUGUGGAGAAGAAAUACGCUCGUUUGUAUCGCACAGGGGACUAUGGAUCCCUGAAGAACGGCAGCAUUAUGUACGAGGGACGCACCGACUCUCAGGUGAAGAUCCGUGGACAUCGCGUCGAUCUGUCCGAGGUGGAGAAGAACGUGGCGGAGCUGCCGCUGGUGGAGAAGGCCAUUGUCCUGUGCUACCAUGCUGGUCAGGUGGAUCAGGUUAUCCUGGCCUUCGUCAAGCUGCGCGAUGAUGCACCCAUGGUCACCGAGAUGCAGAUGGAGGGGCGUCUCAAGGACAAACUGGCCGACUACAUGACACCGCAGGUGGUCAUCCUGGAGCAUGUACCAUUGCUGGUCAACGGCAAGGUGGAUCGCCAGGCGCUGCUCAAGACCUAUGAGACGGCCAACAACAACGAAGGCGAUUCCAGCAUUGUCCUGGACUUUGACUACUCGCAGGUUCCUGAGGACCUAAAGCUCACUGCUCGGGAUCUCUUCGAGACAGUGGGUGGGGUGAUUGGACGCUCCACCCGAGCAACACUGGCUCCGCACAGUAACUUUUACGAGCUGGGCGGCAACUCUCUGAACUCCAUUUUCACGGUCACCCUGUUGCGCGAGAAGGGCUAUAACAUUGGCAUUUCCGAGUUCAUAGCGGCUAAGAAUCUGGGCGAGAUCAUCGAGAAGAUGGCAGCCAACCAUGAUGCAGUGCAGCUGGAGGAGGAAUCCCUGAAUGCUUGUCCGCAUCUAAAGAUGGAGGCGGUGCCGCUACGCCUGGAGCACCGUCAGGAAGUCAUCGACAUUAUUGUUGCUAGCUUCUAUAACAAGGCCGACCUGGAGCAGUGGCUCAAGCCCGGUGUUUUGAGAACCGAUUACAGCGACAUCCUGAACGAUAUCUGGAAUGUGUUGGUGGAGCGGGACCUAAGUUUCGUGGUCUACGAUACCAACACGGAUCGCAUCAUUGGCACAGCGUUGAACUUUGAUGCGCGAAACGAGCCCGAGGUGGACAUCAAGUCCAAGCUGCUCAUUGUCUUCGAGUUCCUGGAGUUUUGCGAGGGUCCGAUCAGGGACAACUACCUGCCCAAGGGGCUGAACCAAAUCCUGCACUCGUUUAUGAUGGGCACCGCCGAGAAGCUGAAUCCCCGCGAGAACAUCGCCUGCAUGCACUUCAUGGAGCAUGAGGUGCUGCGGGUGGCCCGCGAGAAGCAGUUCGCCGGUAUUUUUACCACCAACACCAGUCCGCUGACGCAGCAGCUGGCGGACGUCUACCACUACAAGACGCUUCUCAACUUCCAGGUGAACGAAUACGUGCACUCCGACGGCAGCCGACCAUUCGGCGAUGCACCGGACGAGCAACGCGCCAUCGUCCACUGGAAGGAGGUGGGCAAGUAGGACGACCCGGUGGGCGCGUCACCAAACCAGAUCUGCAGCGAAUUUAUCCCGCACCACGUAUUAUAUUUAACUAGCUUAGCCUACCACCUAGUAUUAGCCCUAGACUAGUGUAACUUAGCGAGAAGUUUCGUAAGUUUGUGUUGACUAGUUGUAAGCCUUUGAUUUCAAGACAA